AUGACUAUAAACAGCACCAUUCUACAUUUACUAUUGGCCUCAGCAGCUGCUCAUAAUGCCAACGAUGAAAAAUCGCCAGCACAAAUUGUCAACAGCUCUUUGGUUAUCGAUAUAGAAAGAGGAUUACAUCAACGCUGGGAAUUUCGAAAUUUUGUGUUUUAUAUCUCUGAACAUCUGUACCGGGAUACGCAUAUAGCUUUCGUGUUUUUCAACGAGUUUUGGCAGCGAUUACCAAUGGCAGCUGUUACCAUUAUAAAAGAUAAUCCCAAUAGAAUGUCUGGAUUUUUGGGUACACCCUGUUUAUGUUUCAUUAUGACAACCGGAUAUCAGGAUCCUAUAAUGCAGCUGGCUUCAGAGAGCUUGCAAGGUUUGAAAUAUUAUAAAACAAUGUUUGUGUUAUUUACAUUAGAGGAAGAUGUUAAAGAAUUAGAAGAGAGAAUACGUUUACUAUAUGAAUGGGUGUGGCAUCAGCGGUUCCUGAAUACCCUGCUAAUGACUAUCAAUAAUAAUAUCUUUCUAUAUGAACCCUUUCCCAUAGGAAAGGUGGUAAAUAUAUCGGACGUUUGGCAGUUAAAGGAUUUCUUUCGAAACGAUAAGUUAGAUUUGAAAGGUUUUGAAAUCAAGACCCCGGUACGUUUCGAUUUGCCGGCAGUCUUUUGCUUGACACGUUUUCCCAAUAAGGGAAGACAUAGUAAACUAACUGGUUCAUCGGGUAAGAUAUUUGGAGCUUUUAUGAAUCAUAUCAAUGCUACCUUCAAUGAUACUUUUCUAUAUCGGCAAGAGCUUGAGGCCUUCGAUAUACGAGAUAUUAUAGUAAUGGUGCAAAAGCAACAGCUGGAGAUAAGUACUCAUUCCUAUACCUCUAUGAGAGAUGAUCGAGUGGGUACCAGUUAUCCGGUGGGUAUAAAUGAUUUGUGUCUUAUGGUACCGUUUCGUAAUCGUACUCCCGAACAUUUGUAUUUACAAAUGAGUUUUCGGCAUGACAGUUGGUUACUACUCUGCUUUGCUGCUUUCUAUAUAACCUUAGGCCUAUGGCUGUGUUCUCCCCCUAAAGAUAAAGAUGUCAGCUUAUCAUUUUUACAAUCUCUGUGUUCUCUGUUACUGUUAACACCUUUAAAACUUAUAACUCUACCCUUGAUCCGUUUACGUUUUAUAUUUGUUCUGUUAUUUGUCUUUGGAUUUUGUAUUACCAAUUUAUAUCUAUCUAAAAUGGCCAGUCAAUUGACCGCUAUUAAAUCUCAAGAACAAAUCAAUACCAUUCAAGAAGUCGUUAAUGCUAAGUUGCCCAUAAUGAUGUUGGACUUUGAGUACGAAUAUUUACUAGAGAAAAACUAUACUCCCGGUUUUUUGAAUUUAAUCGAACCGGUUUCUAAGUCCAUAAUGGCUAAACAUCGUGAUUGCCUUAACACCAGCUAUGGCUAUAGUGUGGCCUCCAAUACUUGGGCUUUUCUUAACAAACAACAGCGUUAUCUGAGGAAACCUUUAUUUCGUCUAACCUCUAUAUGCAUUGGUCCCUUCUAUCAUGUGUUUCCUUUGCAAAAGGAUUCUUAUCUUAUGCAACCCUUAAAGGAUUUCAUCUUAUCGAUAUCACAAACUGGUUAUAUAUUCUUCUGGGAGGAUGAAACCUUCGAUGAUGCUUUAUUUUUGGGUUAUGUUCAGAUGUUUAAGAAUGAUCAGAGUGUCAAGGCUUUGUCUAUGGACUUUUUUCGUUCAAUUAUUUAUGUCUGGUUGUUGGGUCUACUUUUGGCCUCGUUCACCUUUGUGUUGGAAUUAAGAAGGAUAAGUUUGCCUACGAUAUAUAAGCGGUUGGCUAAUUGGUUCAACUGGUUGCAAGGAAAAAUAUAUGAAAUGUAA